GCUUUAAGAGGACGACUUCAUGACUCCUCAUAAAGCAAUGUCAGAAUGAAGAUUUAAAAACAUUAAUUAUGAAUAUAUCUGUAGAGGUCCACCUCAUAAAGUCUUUAAUCACCUUCCUUGAAACUUCUCCGAAUCACAGAAAAAUCUCUUCUCAUAAUUUAUUAAUUAAGUAUAAAAUCAACAGAUAACACUUCUUCUACAAGUUUCCACCGUGCUUAUCAUUUCUUCCAACUUCUUCUGUUGACCAUUCUUCCAAAAUAAAUAACAAACCCACUUUUUUGGUAAGGAAUCGCUUAUUUUCAUUUCACUUAGAUUAGAUUCCACAAAUUCAUUCAUUCCUUAUUUUUAUUUUUUUGUUUUUUCUUGUCCCUUUAUUCAACAAAAAUCAUUACCUUAAUUUCCUAGAUCUGUUCCUAUCUUCGUAAAAAAUAAGGUUAAUUUCUCCUUCAGAUUAUAAUCUUUGUAACAAACCAACACCAUGUUAUCUACCGAUACACUUGUUGAGAAUUUUCCUGGUUCUGUCAAUGGAUGCAUGUUUGGAAACAUUCCUGUCUCUGUUUUUUCAAAUCAGAAUCCAGAAAAUGGUUUCAAAUUUGAAGAUUCAAAUUCAAUUUCAAUAUCCCCUUCAACUCAUUCAGAUUCUCCAAAUGAUUCUGGUACAACCUCAAAUGUUGAAUCUUCUGAGAGUAGUAAAUAUUCAAAUCCUAUUCUUAGAUUUAUAAGUGAUAUUCUCAUGGAUGAAGAAGAUUAUUUGGAGAAAAAACCUUGUAUGUUGCAAGAUUGUUUGAAACUUCAAGCUGCUGAAAAAUCAUUUUAUGAUGUUUUAGGUAAUAAUAAUAAUAAUAAUUUUGAAGCAGGAACAGUAACUAGUACUAGUUCUGAGAGUUAUAGUAAUUCUAGUUAUACCACUGAUAAUUCUGUAGUUGAUUAUGAUUCACCUGAAAAUAAUGCCUAUGAGGUGUUUGAUAAAAUGCCUCAAGCUGUUUUCAAUUUUCCAAGUGAUGCUUGGAAUAUGAAUCAAGAGGGUACUUUGAUUUUGGGUUCUAGAGGAGGAUCAAGGGAAAAGAGAGGUCUUUUGAUGAAUGAUGUUGGUAUUUUACAUGAAGAGGAUCUGAGAAGUAGCAAGGUUUCAGCUGUUUAUUCUGAUGAUUCAGAGUUAUCAGAGAUGUUUGAUGAGGUACUUCUUUGUAAGGAUGGUAAAAGUCCAUCCAUUUUUGGUGCUAAUUCUGAACCAUCAUCGCUUUCACAUGUUUCUAGUUCAUUAGGAUCUAAUGGAAAAACAUCGCGUUCUAAGAAAGGUUCAAACAAGGUUAAAAAACUAAGUUCUACUGUAGAUUUAUGGACUUUGUUAACUCAAUGUGCACAAGCUGUUGGUAGCUAUGAUCAAAGGAAUGCAAAUGAUAUACUCAAGCAGAUUAGGCAGCACUCUUCAGCGCAUGGUGAUGGACUCCAGCGUUUAGCUCAUUACUUUGCUGAUGGCCUCGAGGCGCGGUUAUCUGCCGGGACACCAAUGUAUAAACAACUGCAGUCAUCGUCUUCUGCAGAUAUGCUAAAAGCUUACAAAGUUUACAUCACAGCAUCUCCAUUUCAACGGAUGUCGAAUUUCUUAGCAAACAGAACUAUUCUCGGUCUGGCACAAAACAAAAGCAGCCUCCAUAUUAUUGACUUUGGUGUUUUCUAUGGCUUUCAGUGGCCUUGCCUCAUUCAGCGUCUUUCGGAAAUGCCUCAGGGGCCACCGAGGCUUCGAAUUACAGGAAUUGAUCUUCCUCAGCCAGGAUUUAGGCCUGCAGAAAGAGUUGAGGAGACAGGUCGGCGACUUGAGAAGUACUGCAAGAGGUUUGGAGUUCCAUUUGAGUACAAUUGUCUUGCACAGAAAUGGGACACUAUCAGACUUGAGGAUCUCAAGAUUGAUAGAGAAGAAGUAACAGUGGUUAACUGUUUAUACAGAUUGAAGAACCUUUCUGAUGAAACGGUGACGGCGAAUUGUCCGAGAGAUGCUGUGUUGAGGUUGAUAAGGAAGAUUAAUCCAAACAUCUUCAUACAUGGAGUAGUGAAUGGAACAUAUAAUGCACCAUUUUUUCUUACUAGGUUCAGAGAAGCACUGUUUCAUUUCUCAUCAUUGUUUGAUAUGCUUGAAGCUACUGUGCCGCGUGAAGAUCCAUAUAGGUUGAUGUUUGAGAAAGGGUUAUUUGGAAGGGAUGCAGUGAAUGUGAUAGCUUGUGAAGGAGCAGAGAGAGUUGAAAGGCCAGAGACUUACAAGCAGUGGCAGGUUAGGAACAAGAGAGCAAGGUUCAAGCAACUUCCUUUGGCUCCAGAAUUGGUGGAUAGGGUGAAGGAAAUGGUGAAGAAGGAAUAUCCGAAAGAUUUUGUAGUUGAUGAGGAUGGGAAGUGGGUUCUGCAGGGUUGGAAAGGACGUAUUCUGCAUGCUGUUUCUUGUUGGGUUCCUGCUUAAACAAAUUACCAAAUUAUUAGUCCUAGCACACUCUUUUUCUAGGGAUUUUUUCUUUUUUUGUUUACUAAUUUGUGUGUGAACGUAGUAAGCUGCAAAGUACUGAAUAAGGGUAUAUUAAUCUUGGAUUUAAGUAGAUUUAAAUCAUCAUAAUAUACUUUUAAGUUGAAUUAAGAUUGGAUAUAUUCUUAUUGUAUGUACUUUAUAUACAAGUUUAUAGCAGUUUAUGCAUUGGCUCUA